GCCUGGUCACAUGGCUAUCACUUAUCGCACUGUACCUUCUGAAGCUAGCUUGCCCCUCUAUAACGCCGACCAAGUUCUUUGUUAUUUGUCUUAAAGUAAGUAAGGAAAAGCUGCUUUAAAAGCGGUUCCUUCGUAAUGUAGAGUCGUUGAGGCUGUUGUGUAGGACUCUAGUAGGCCAGGAUGCUUCUGAGCAGAUGAACAUCUGACUGUUUGACCCCACCCAUGAAAUCAGAGUGACUUCCUGUGUGAACAUGACAAUCGACAUCCCCUAUGAGAAACUGGUGGACGUCAGGUGGACGAGGUCGGACUCCAACAGAAAAGCAGAAACGUUCUCCUGUUGUUUGCUCGCGGUGGCCACCAUCGUCUCUUUGCUGCUCGCUGGCACGGCGCUCUACAACCUGCUGGUGCCGACUGCUUGGUCUGCACCUCCAUACGUGAGCUCUGACCUACAGCCUGGCUUGGUCGAGUCCUGCUCAGACCCCUGCAAGAUCUUCCUGGUGGAGAGCAUCCCUCAGGGCGUAGACUUCAACUCCAGUACCAUUCAUGGAUCCAUCUACCAUGCAUGGCUGCAACUGAUGGCUCAGGCCCGCAGUAGCGUGGACAUCGCGUCCUUCUACUGGACGCUCACCAACAAAGACACGGGGACUCAAGAGCCAACGGCCAAUCAGGGCGAGAACAUCCUGAAGAACCUCGCUGAGCUCUCAGGGUCCUUGUCGGUCCGUAUCGCCGUCAACGCGCCACAAGAGAGUCAACCUCAGGACGACCUCAGGUUGCUCAACACCUCAGGAGCCGCCAUCAGGACAGUCAACAUGAAGAGACUCACCUCAGGGGUCUUACACACCAAAUUCUGGGUGGUGGACAAGAAACAUGUUUACAUCGGCAGCGCCAACAUGGACUGGAGAUCCCUGACACAGGUGAAGGAGCUGGGUGUGGUGGUCUACAACUGUAGCUGCCUGGCUUCAGACCUGUCCAAGAUCUUCGAGGCUUACUGGUUCCUGGGGGAGAGCCAGUCCAUCCCGUCGCCAUGGCCCAGCAGCUUCUCCACAGAGUACAACAAGGACACGCCCCUUCAGCUGCCACUCAACAACACGAUUUCCAGCGUCUACUUGUCGAGCUCCCCUCCGUCCUUCUGUGCCGCCGGAAGGACGUCCGACCUGGAGUCCAUCCUGAGCGUGAUAGAGGAUGCCGAGAGCUUCAUCUACAUCGCUGUCAUGAACUACCUGCCCACCAUGGAGUUCUCUCAUCCUAAGAGGUACUGGGAGAAUAUCGACACCCAGCUGAGGCGGGCGGCCUACGAGAAGCGUGUGCGAGUGCGGCUGCUGAUCAGCUGCUGGGCCAACACGCCACCCGCCAUGUUUCCCUUCCUCAAGUCGCUGGCGGCUGUCUACGAGCCCAAAAGUAAACUGGACAUCCAAGCGCAACUCUUUGUGGUUCCCGCCAGUGCCGAGCAGAAGAAGAUCCCCUAUGCCAGAGUCAACCACAACAAGUACAUGGUGACUGACAAGGUCGCCUACAUCGGGACGUCCAACUGGUCGGGGGACUACUUUGUGAACACGGCAGGAUCUGCGUUGGUGGUCAACCAGACGGCGUCCUCGUCCCUGGAACCCACCGUCCAAUCACAGCUGAGGGAUGUGUUUGAGAGAGACUGGAGCUCCACCUACAGUGUCCCACUCACACAGCACACUAACCUCAAAGACGUCUGCUAGUAGAGUCGAACAAAACAAAGGCUCAAAACAGACUUGACACAUUAUCAACAUGUUUCCAGACUUGAGGACAUUUUCCAUCACAUCUCAGGGACAAAAUAUUCGUUUGUUUGCUGGAAUCUGCCGUGCUUGUAAAUAUUAUCAUUCUUUACAAAUAGAUGAAAUUAAAAGAAAAGUUACUUUUUAUCAAACCUAAAUUGAUUUCCACCAUGUGGUGUCGUUGAGCUUUACAGCAACAGUCCACCAAAGCGAGAAGAGGUAACUGGAUCAAGUCAAGUCAAUCUUAAUAAUCUUUUAUAUACUUUAAGGAUAAUGUCACUUCAAAGAUAAUCAUAAGACAAUAGUGGUUUAGCUGCCAACAGGGGGCGCACUAAGUGUUGGAAGUCCAAAUGAACUUAAAGCAGACUUAAAGGUGCUUAACUGGAGAGAUGCAAGAAGCUGAUUGGUUGGAACACAAAGUAGGCGUGGCUGAAACCUUGGCCUACAGCAAUGAGGUCAAAAAUAUGAAAGAAGCAGAAGCCUUGUGAAAAUAAAAACGUUAUCUUGUAAUAUAAAAAGCAACAUAAAAAACAAGAGAUAAGAAACGGGAAGCAGAAACCUAGUAAAGAAUAUUAAUAUACAUUAUCCUUUGUAAUAAUACUUGAGUUGAAUCUCAUUGGAUUGUGUUGCUAAUAUUGUUAGUGUAGACUCUGUUAAUAAAAUUGGACAAGAUGUCCCCCUCCAGUGUAAUUACGUAGUAGGAAUGCAGUACAGCCCAACCCAUGGUGGGUCUAUUUCCGUCUGCUGGCCACUGAACUGAAACGUGACAUACUUGAACCAUAAAACAUUUACGUUAUCACACCUACCAGGAGGUUACUGCUAAUUAGCUGUUCCACAUUCCCUUUUCAAAACAUGCCUGCUACAAGGACACUGACCAUCAAUUUUUCAUAACGUGUCCAAUCAGAAUUUUUUGCUUCUUCCAGAAAUUACCUUUAAUGUCAUUAUCGUUGUGAACAAGUGAAGCUAGCACAUAAUUAGCCUGAUCCUCUGCCAAAUGCUAACUAUUUCUCCUGGCACUGAGUUAAUGCUAGUUAGCUGUUCCACAUUCCCUUUUCAGAACAUUCCUUCUUCAAGGACACUGACCAUCAAUUUUCCAUAACGUGUCCUAUCAGAAGAAAAGACAUUUUGGAAUACAGGAGCUGUUUUUAUUACUUUCAGAAAUAACCUUUAAUGCCAUCACCGUUGUGAACAAGUGAAAGCUAGCACAUAAUUAGCCUGAUCCUCUGCCAAAUGCUAACUAUUUCUCUUCACACCAAGCAGUUUUGGUAAAAUUUUCAGUUUUUCUGUUGUUUUUCCCAUAAUUUCUAUAUAAAACUGGAGCUGAACUGUACCACUUAGUGGAAAUGUGGCACCGGUUAUCUGUGGAAGAAUUGAAUUAGCUAGCGGCGAGCUCACCUGCUAGCAUGACCUGAUGACCUCACUAGUAUGUUUUUACAUCCUGUCCUGUUUUGGAGGGUUUUUUUGGACCUUAAAAUUGAGCGACAUUAGGGUAUGUGACGCAAUUUCUGAGAGAGGCUGCUGUGUGUUGCCAAAGAAAAAGCAAGAUAUAUAGUAUGGACGGAGAUAGUUUCCUAAAAUUUGAUGUUAUGUGACCGCUUUUCCCCAAAAUAUUUGUUACAUUUAUUAACUUUUUACGGUAUUUGAAUGUUCAUCCUUUGGAAUUUGUGUCUUUGGUUAUAGAUAAGCCGCACGGUGGACAAGUGGUUAGCAUGCUAGCUUAAUUGGCAACCAUAUAAGUCACCCUAUAAGAACUAUAUAUGCUAACAGAACAUAUAUGGUAAGCAUCUAUAAUAACUUCCAGAAUGAGUUGUUGGCUACAAAGUUUUAGGUUCAGUACUUGU